CGCUGGGGUUGCAUGUGCAAAAUUUACCACGGGUGUGUCAGGAAUUUCAAUCUUUGCUUCCAAAACAGACUGGCAGCAUGGGAGCCGACGCGGGGCGUAAGUGGGAUACCACAUACCAUUUACUAACAUCUUCACUUUGAGACUUGGGACACCUCCUCAUAUGUGAAGUUGGAGCGUCUCCUCCACCAAACCACCUCCCGCCGUCCGGGUGACAUGCAAAGAGUCCACGCGCAAAUGUCCCUCGGCUCGGGGAAAUUCUUCCACGUCGUUGCUGAUUGUGGGAAUGCCUGAGACAAAGUGAACAGGAUUAUGUUGGCCACGACACUCACGGCGGCGCUGAUCUAUCUCACGGUGCAAAACAGCAGCGCCUUGGCACUGGGCACGGCGUGCUGGGACGAAAGGUUGACACGGGCUGGGAGGAACGGCAGCUGUGUUGCUUCGCAGCCCUUCCUGAUCUUCGGCCAUGGUAAAGCCAUACAUAGGAUGGAUCUGGACGGGAAGAACCAGAGACGCUUGGUGGCUGGGGUAGCAUCAUCCAUCCUGCUGGAUUUCCAUUUCAUCGAGGAACGAAUCUACUGGGCGGAUAAGCAUGCCGGAAUCAUCUACAAGACAUCCGUGAGAGGCAUGCCAAGACAGAAACUGUACGCGUCUGACAAACACAUUUCGGGCCUCGCCGUGGACUGGAUUUGGAACGCCGUGUACUGGACGAGCCGGGAAAAAGGCAGAAUAAAGAGGAUGGAUAUAAACGGGAAAAACCAAAGGACUCUCGUGAGGCACUUGAGUCUGCCGAGCUCGAUUGUGAUUGACCCCACUAAAAGGUUUUUGUUUUGGCUGUCUGGUGGAAUGACCCCAAGCAUCCAGCGGUCUGACCUGACAGGACAAGCUAAAACAACGUUGAUUAAAAACUCGCAACAGUGGAAGGCACUGUCCGUCGACUACGGCGACAAGAGACUGUUCUGGGUUCAGUUCGGUCUGCAAGGCGAAAUCACGAUUGCCUCCUCUGACUACAAUGGCAAAGCCCUGCACUUCAUAGACCAGCCCCUUCACUCUGAUUCGCUGGGAAUAGGGCUUUUCCACGAGCAUGUGUAUUACACCGAUGCUGCGUCCCGACUAAUAAAGCAAGUCAACAAGUACACAGGCGGCGAGGCGCUGGACGUCAAUGUAAACCAAAUGGCAAAGGUCCCGGUUGAUAUCAGAGUAGUUCAUCCUGACAAGCAGCCAAUGGUGGACUCACCAUCAUCGCUUCCAGGAUGCGAUGACCGGAGUGGCAACUGCGUCGAUGUGUGCUCAAGUACAGCUGAGCAGGGAGUUUGUAAGUGCAGUGAAGGCUUUGCUCUCAGUAAGCAAGGCUCCUACUGUGAAGAUGUGAAUGAAUGCUCCCACUGGAACCACGGCUGCUCUCUCGGAUGUGAAAACAUCCCAGGGUCUUAUUUCUGCACAUGCCCUAAGGGAUACGCUCUCCUACCGGACAAAAAAACAUGCAGAGAGAUCAUAACUUGUGAAGGCAACACCACCGAGUGUGGUCACGGUUGCCUUGCAACAGACGAGGGUCCCGUGUGUGUUUGUCCAAAGGGGUCUGUAUUAAAGGAGGAUGGACAGGCCUGUACAGGCUGCUCUUCCGCAGACAGAGGGGGCUGCAGUCAGCUGUGCACCCCAGUCUCCCCCACUAGGUGGCAUUGCAAUUGUCUGCCCGGCUACCGACUCCAGCAAGAUGGCAAGCGGUGUAUUGCCUCUGGACCUACACCCUAUCUGCUUGUUGCCAGUCUGGUGGGCGUGCAGAGAAUUAACAGCGAUGGCACUGAGGGCCAAAUCCUUGCGGAAGAGCCCAGAGGAGAAAUAGUGUCUUUGGAUUAUGACCUAAUGUCCAACCAUGUGUACUUUACCAGCACAUCCCAGAGGACUAUCGAACGGGUCCAUUUGAACGGCGGAUCCAGACACCGCCUCGUCACAGACAGUCCAGACUCAAACAACGGGCUGGCUGUCGACUGGAUCCAUCGCAAGAUGUACUGGACUGUUAUGCGCCAGUCAACAGUUGUCAGCAGUGCCUUGGACGGACUCAAUAUGACAACUCUAAUAAGAACUGGACUCGACAAGCCGUCAUCCAUCACAGUUCAUCCUCUGGAAAAGAAGUUGUUCUGGGCGGAUAUCGGACGUCAACCCAAGGUGGAAAGCUGCUCUUUAGACGGGAUGGACCGCACGGUGAUCGCAAACACCGACCUGGUGUCGCCUGGUGGUCUGACGGUCGACUUCGCUGAGGGUCGUCUUUUCUGGUGCGACGGGACCAGAGUGGAGACCUGCGCUCUCGACGGUUCCGACCGACGGAUCCUGCUAGAGAACCAAGUAGGCCGGCCGUUUGACUUGGCCGUGUUUGAGGACAGGCUGUGGUUGGUGGACAAGAAGAACCGUCAGCUGAUGAGCAUACACAAGCGGACCGGGAGGAAACUGCAACGUCUCCUUGGCAACCUGGUCCAACCCGCGUCUGUUGUGGUAGUGCAUCCGCUUGCUAAACCAGGGUUAGGCUUAGAUGACAAGCCCGCAGGUGUGACAUCGCUCCCAGACAAAACACUUAAUGAUGAAAGCACACCGCACACGCCCUCUAACAGAGCAGAGGUGGACUUGGACAAUGAGGCAAGGACGUUCAAAGACAAGAUGGUGUCAGAUACUGAUGAGUGUAAACUGGAAAGGCACAACUGUGACAAAAACGCAGACUGCUUAAACACGAAGGGAAACUUCCUCUGCAAGUGCCAGGCUGGUUACCACGGCAACGGGCAGACAUGUCAAGAGCUACGCAUCACAUCGCCGUCUGUGACGACGAGCCGCCCUGGAAACUCCGUGGAGAGUUGCCCCUCCACCCAUGAGUCAUAUUGCUUAUACCAGGGUGUCUGCUUCUACUUCCCUGAGGUGGACUCCUACGCUUGCAACUGCGUGCCAGGCUACGUGGGUGAGCGCUGUCAGUUCACCGACUUGGAAUGGUGGGAGCUCCAGCAGGCGGAGGAGGAGAAGCGCAGGAACGUAGUUGUCGCCGCCUGCAUGGUGCUCCUGGUCUGCCUGCUCUCCAUCGCUGCCUGUGUUACCUACUGCUACGGAACUCGAGGACUCUCCCGCAAGCAGUCCUCGGCGCACAAUGUGAGUCAGACCAGCGUGACGGUCGAGGACAUGUUGGAAAUCACCAAAGACGGCGUACCUCAGGUCUACACAGCAGUGGACAGUGAGCCAAAAGCAAACGUCCUCCCAGCAACAGGCUGUCCCAGGAGGGCGGUAUGUCCAUCAUGCUCUUCAGAGACAGGGGACAAUCAGUCUGAAGAGACGCGGUUGUGGUCUAAACACAACCAGGCGUAUGAGUGUUCCAUGGCGUCCGCUGUUGCUAUGGAGGCCAAGCAGAACCCCCUCCAAAGCUCGAGUCAGUCGGCGGACUCCAUCGCGCCGACGCAACUCCCCGUAGUAGAGUCAUCUGCCUCCUGUGCAGUUUAAGGCUUACAUUCCCUGCUUCUUACACUAGGGGUCAACAACGUACCAGAUUUUAGACAAUGGCGUGCAUGGAGCUGACUCUAUUAGAUUGGUUCUAUGACGCCAUAAACUUCCCUUAUCGGGAUAAAACAACCCACAGUGCAGUAUUUGUAUUCAUAGUAGUGAGCGGUAAGGAUGGACAGAGAGUAAUGAUGAUUUUUUUGGGAAUGCCUGACCAGUUCUGAUACCUCAUGUUUAACUAGUGGCUAAAUCCUAAAACUGAUUAUCAUCAAAUUAGACCGUAGUCCUUGGAUAGGCAACGUUGUGUGAUACAAGCUUUUAGCAGCUAUAAGCAAUAACACAAAACUGUGACAUGAAACAUGUUUUUACUUCCAUCAAUAAAGCUAUAAUCACAA